AUGAAGUCCAUCAUCUUUCUCAUGUUCCUAGAAGUUGCUGGGGCUUUACCCAUGAAUGGUGAUGAUGACAAUGACAAGAUUGUUGGGGGCUAUACCUGUGACAUCAAUGCCCUUCCCUACCAGGUGUCCCUGUAUGCUGGAUUCCACCGGUGUGGGGGUGCCCUCAUCAGCAGCCAGUGGGUGCUGUCGGCUGCUCACUGCUAUAGACGACGCCUCCAUGUGAGACUGGGUGAACAUAACAUUGCUGUCUUGGAAGGGACUGAACAGUUCAUCAGUGCAGUCAAGAUCAUCAAACACCCCAGUUACAAGAGUGUAACCACGGGGCAUGACAUCAUGCUAAUCAAGCUGGCUAAACCAGCCAUCCUCAACAAGAGUGUGAACACCAUCUCCCUGCCCAGCUCCUGCCCCAAGAUGGGUACUCAGUGUCUGAUCUCUGGCUGGGGCAGCACACAGCUUUCUGCUGAAAGCGAUGGGUCGAAGUUCCCUAACUCUCUGCAAUGCCUGAAGGCCCCCAUACUCUCUAACAUCACCUGCCGCAAAGCCUACCCAGGCCUGAUCAACAACAGCAUGAUGUGCCUGGGCUUUCUUGAGGGUGGGAAGGAUGCCUGCCAGGGGGACUCGGGGGGGCCUGUGGCCUGCAAUGGAAUCCUUCAGGGCAUUGUCUCCUGGGGUGCAGGUUGUGCCCUCAAAGGCAAACCUGGAGUCUACACCAAAGUCUGCAACUACAUCCAGUGGAUUCAGAACACCAUGGCAGCCAACUGA